GCGAAAGGUUGUUUCUUGAUAACUUAGAUGAAAAAGAAAUGAUAAACAAAAUAUUCAAUGCAACACUCUUAUGCAGUAUAUCGACAGAUUUUGGACCAGUAUAUGGAGCGGCUGGGCAGAACCAGAAGCAGGGCAUGCAGUACAGACAGCAGGCUGAUGGGGUGUAUUCUACUGGGUCUAUAUUAGACCCUACUGAGAGGAACCAACAGCUUCCUGCUUGGCUAGAGAGAGAGCUUUUGAGGCAAGAACCCAGACGACACUCUCUUGCCCUGGGAGAUGAUGUUAAACUUAGCAUGCAAAAACGCUACAGAGCAGAUCCUGCUGGGACCCUCUGUGAGCUCAAGAUUGAGAAGAUGGUGACCAUUGAUGAUCUAAAGCAAAUUAAACUGGCUUAUGAUGAGUUCGCAAAGGCUGGCAUCCAUAGGUUGGAUUAUUCAGAAUUCAAAUCUGUUGUGAAAAACUGCCCAGGUUUGAAAGGAGCUAAAGAAUCUCACAUUCACCAGCUAUUCAUGAAGAUCGAUUACACUUGUGAUGGCAAAAUCGAAUGGCAUGAGUUCUGCACAUACAUACACCAGGAGAACGAAGCGAAGGAACAGACUGUGCGUCGCAGUAAAAUGGCAGCCUUUAUAUUGCCGGCUAAUAUUAAGUUUCUAAAGCGUGGGAAGCCUGUUGUGAGAAUCCACUUGCAUUCUAAUGGAAUCGUUAUGACUCUAAGAGAAGAUGGGGUUGUUAACUUCUGGACCCCCAAGCUUUAUUUGAGGAGCAAGAAGAAUGUGUUUCCCGAGAGAUCCGUCAAUCGAAAACAAAAAUGGGCUACUGAUUUUGUGCCAAUGACAGAGUACAACAAACUGAUUAUUGGAACUGGAUCCAGAGAGAUCCAGUUUUAUGAGCUUCCCUCUUUGGAGCCUUGCUGUCAGUUGAGUGCACUAGAAACUGUGCCUUUAAAUCUGGAUUACUGCUCUACAGGCCCAGAUGAGUGUAUCAUUGUAUAUGGUGAUUCUCAGGGCUGUGUGAACAUCCUGUUAAUAACAUCGAUCAGGGAUAAACUGAGAUUGUGGAAAAGAUUGCCACAGGUUGACAACGUGCCAAGCAUAAGCCUCGACCAUGCAGUUCGGGAACCAGAAAUAACAUUUAUCAGAUGGAAAGUCCAUCAAGACUGGGUGUCAAAGGUGAAAUAUUUUCAAAGCAUACCUGCCAUUGUAUCCUCAUCAGGGGAUGAAGACUCUGCCCUUGUUAUAGGAUGCAUUCAUCCAUCAUCCUACAUGCAAGAGCAGAUGAGAAAGAUGACAGAAGUGAGCGAAAAGGGAAAGUCUAAGAAAGUCACACAGAGGGCAACCAGCAACCAAACAAUCUUCACCGUUCCUAAAGGAGUCAUGGCCUUUGAUUUCUGUGAGAAGCGUAAUCUUUUCGUCACCGGCGGGAUGGACAGGCUGUUGCGCAUGUGGAAUCCUGAUGUGCCUAAUAGACCAACAGGGAUUUUGAAAGGUCACGAUGCCCCCGUUUCCUACCUCUGUAUCUCCUCAGAAGAUGGGCACAUUUACUCAGUCUCCACAGACAAGACUGCUAAGAUAUGGCACAUUAAGGAUGAGACGUGUCUGUUUACUGCUGAUCCAGAGGCAAGUAAUAUCCAGGGAGAAUUGUCUGCGUGCUUCUACUCUUCAGCUGUGAAGGGGCUCUACAUCGCCGCAGAUUCUCUCUCCUUACUAUCCCUUCAGACAAAACCACAGCCUAAGGGCAAUCAGAUUCUGUCCCAUGAAGAGCCAGUGCUGUGCUGCGGAUACAGUGAGGAGUUUAGGCAGGUGGUGAGCUGCUCUGAGGGCUCGGUUGUCAAAGUCUGGGAUGUGGAAACUGGAGCUCAGAUGUUUGAGUUUGGAGGUGCUCAUGAAGAGUCUGCUAUUACCUGCAUGGCUUUUGACUCUAGCGGAAGGAGGCUAGUGACGGGUGGAAGAGAUGGCUGCCUUAAGAUGUGGAACUUCAACAACGGCCAGUGCGUGAAGAUAUAUAAGAGAGAUGGAAAAUGUGCAGAGAUUUGUGACUGCCUCUACCUGACACUGCACAGGAACGCAUUUGUGAUUUCUGUUGGUUGGGACCACAGAAUUGACAUUUACGUGGACUCUAAAGAGGAAACUCCAUACAAUGAGAAACCAAAACCUUCUUGGCUGGACGAUGUGAGGAAUGGGCACAAAGUGGAUAUUCUGUGCAUUGCUCAAUGCACACCUCACUUCCUGGCCACUGGCAGCUACGAUGGGGAGAUCAUCGUAUGGAAUGUAGUGUCUGAACGCAUACUGUCUCGCUUCCAGACUCCUCAAGCGACCCCUCAACAGAGCAGCAGUUUUCCUGUUCAAUGCACAAGUGUGCUGAGCCUCAUCUUCUUAAAGACCCGGGUGUUUGUUCCUGAACUGUCCUCUUCUGCUUGGCUUGUAUCUUCAGAUACUGAAGGUUAUGUUCAUUUCUGGAGUGUUCUGAAUGGCGGGAAGUUCAUCACAUCUUUUCAGGCUUCUCAGCAUCAGCAGGCGAUUAUGAAACUGGCUUUAACGCAGGAUGACAGCAUGCUUUUUACAGCUGAUCAUGUCGGCUUCAUCUACGUUUAUGACGUCAAGCAAUAUGCCCUUGGGCCUGAACAAAACCCUCCUAAAAAGGUGAACUUCUGGCGUGCACACAUCAGCAGCAUCACUAGCUUAAAGACAAUAGACAAGGACCAGUUUCUGCUUACCUCCUCAUUGGACUUCUCAGUACGGUUGUGGAGUAUCCAUGGGGAGUUUAUAGGUACAUUUGGACAAUCCGAGAGAUGGAGCAUCAACACACCAUCUUCUUGGAAGCACCCGGCUGUUCCCUCAGAAAUUCUCAUUGAUCCUUUAAGCAUGCCUUCUCAACCCUUACUGGAUAGAGAGAACGAUCUGUCAGAUGUCUUGGACUUGGAAACUAAAAAUAAAAAGAGUGAGCUGGACAUCCUCAUCGAUGGAAGUGACCCUCCAUCAGUCCUCAAAGAUAACUAAUAUGCACAAAGCAAUUCCAGGUGUGUCUGAGCCUGGCAAGAGGCAGUGCCACACAAUAUUCAAACAUACUGUAAGAACUCCAGACAGAAUGGACAAGGACUACCACACUUUUGAGGACCUUGUUGUGAACC